AUGAAAACUGAGGCGAUAGAAACCGAGCUAUCUACUCUAAAGUCUUUUCCUGGACAGGAAUCCACAGACCGGACGCCCUCCCUCCCAGUGAAAGGCAAAACGCAGAACAACACGUCGUCUUCAACGCAUAUACCCACCUCCACCUCUUCUUCUGCAUCCCGAGAGCCUUCCAGCUCCUUAGUACAACCCACCGUACUACCCUCAACCAAGGCCAAGUCGAAACCCAAGUCGAAAACCUCAUCCAGGUCAAAGGACAAGGCAAAGUCCAAAUCCGCCCCUAUCGCCACACAACCUCCGAAGCCUCCCAAAUCCAAAUCCAAGGCUAAACUGGAAGUCACUUCCUCUCUUCAUCCUCCUCCCCCUGCCACAGCCGAAGUAACUACCACUUCUGCUCCCGACUCAAUCCGCACCGCCUCCGCCGCCAUCCCAACCCAGACAACCUCCCUCAUCGACCGCCUCACGCCAGCUCACAGAUCACAGCUCUCCCUCAUCUGGCUUCGUGAGCCCCGAGUACCCUCGAUCGAAUCACGUCGUGUGUGGGCAUUAGCUAGGAACGUGAACCCGAAGGCGGUGAAUGACUGGUUUUGGAGGAGGAAGUCUGGCGCGAAGAGGAGAGGGUCGUUAGGUGUGGGGGUCGGUGGCGUUGAGGUGGUGGAAGAGGAGGAGCCGGUGAAUGAGCAGGGGCCAGUGACGGGGGAAGAGCUAGAAGAUGGGAAGGAGGGUGUGGUGAAAGUAGAGGAUGCGGAAGGAAUGAAAGAGGCGAAAGAGACGAAGUCGGAUGGUAAGGCGAAGGGGAAGGGGAAGGCAAAGAAGAGACUUGGAGAAGGCUAUGAGUUGGGCGUUGACGAGCCGGUUGGUUGGGUCGAUCGGACGACCGUUGUGAAGGAGGAGCCGAAGGUCAUCGAGGAGGAGCUCACAGAGCCGGAACCUCCUGCCGCGAUGGAUGAGGACGAGGGUAGGGACGUCAAACGAAACGGAAAGGCGAAGACGACAGGGAAGGGGAAGGGGAAAAGGGUGAGGAUUCAGGACCCGGAGAAGGACGUCCCAGUCGAGUCGUCUGUGAAGAAAACGGGGGCGAAAUCUGGGCCUCCUCCUAGGAAACGACCGAAGCUCGACGUCAACUCUACUCCUGCUCUUUCUGCCUCACGUUACCAUACUCGUUCUGCUGCUAGUGCUCUCGCUGCUUUCCUUCCUCCAUCUUCUCCGUCUCCUUCUCCCAGUUCUCUCGUUCCUGCUUCCUCGCCUCGUCCAUCUUCUCCUGCUACUGAUCUUGAUACCCAAAACGAUAGCGACCACGACGAAGAGACUGGCUUGUUUCCCUUGGAACUACCCCUCUCCUUUGCAUUUCUUCCGAAAGCUCGUACUCGGAGCCGUAUCUUCAGAGCUCAGCUGUCUUCUCCUCGGCCUCCCUCUCCUCGUUCUCGUAUUUCUUCGGCACAUAUAUCCACCCAUCCGACUCCAAGCACGCAUACAUCGACCUCCCUGACCAGACCGUCAACGCAUAUACCCACCCACCCACCUCACAGCACGCAUAUAUCGACCCUUUCUGGGCCCGGUCUGGCCUCAUAUACGCAUAUAUCCACCUAUCCUGACUCGGAGGCAGAACUCUCCGCUGCUCAAGCCCUUCGCGACCUCAGAUUUUCGCGUCAUCAACACGUCGCCCGACCUCGGUCUAUACUCAAGCUCUCUCCUGGUCGGAUUGGGGCGUACGAAGAUGAGGACGAUGACUACGCAUAUAUCCACCCCGAUCCUCCCUCCGACAUAACUGAACCGGAUACUGGUUCCCUCGGUUCUGUUCCCAGGCGCUGCCACGACUUUAAUGGUGGUGUCGAUCCCCCGCGUUCAUCCCGAUUUGGACAGAGCUUUGUGGAAGGCCCUGAUCGGAGCAGUGCGAUCGAUAUCUUCGGUCGUAACAGCAACGGUAUCUAUUUCGACCACGACAGAGAUGAAGACACAGAUGCCGUAACGAUCGAUAGUGCCAGCUCGUGCCCCGCAUCGGUCCGUGCCAGCACCGCGUGUCCAACAAACGAUUUCUAUCCUAUUUCAUAUUCCCCUGUUUCGGACACGUCCUUCAGUACUCGACCGUCUUCGUAUAUAAGUACAGCUACAGAGUCUGCAUUCCCCCCAAUCUAUCUUCCCCAUCGCGAUCACCUCGAUACUCUUCUUUCUCCAGUCGACAAUCGUGUUCUUGCUCUUGAUCGUUCUCGUUCUUGCGCUCCUGCUCCAUCUCCUGUUUUCGCUUCAUCUUCAGCAUCAUCGAUUCCAGUCCCUUACGUUGCACCGACAUACCCCUCGAUGUUCAACAACCACGAACAAGACAACGAUUCGUACUCAUUCACGAUGGACCCGCCUUCCAGUCUCAAUGCCCGCGAUCCCCACGGUUUCCUUGCUAUCGCCAACCGGACACCAUUCCCCGGAUCCUUGGUCUCAGCUCCAGACACUGCGUCGAUACCCGCCUCGAGCGCGAUGCCAGUCAACUGGAUGUCUUCAACUUCCGUAAACUCUCGACUUGCCGACGUGUCUAUGAGCAUGGGCGACUCGCCUAUGUCCUCCAGCGAUGGGGCGACCGGUGAAAUAGGUGCCAACGGCUGGGUCGGCGGAUUUCAGAAUGGCAAUAACUAUAUUCAACAAAAUCUCGCCAAUUACGACAACAACGGGAUGCUUGAUCUUCAUCUCUAUGGACCCUCGCCAUCUUUCGUGCCUUCAUAUACACGACCUCCGAUUUUCGGGUUAUUCGCGAACUUCGCAGAGCAUGCUGAUCUUUCGACUGAGAGCCGUGGAUGUUGUGACGUCUCAGCGUUACAGUCCUUCAACAUCGCGAAUGACGCCUUCAGUCUUCACAACAUCGAUCCCGGCAAAACUCCCACAAUGCCCGGAGAGGAGUGGAGUGCUCUUAUGGAGGACGACAUGCAUAUCCGAUUUCCCCAUCUCGGCGACUUCGACCGACAACGUCUUCAUCAUUCGUAUAUCUCGCAUAUUCAACAGUAUAUAGCCCAUCCUACGCCGUCCGAUGCAGUUUUCGAGGAACUGGGUGGCCCGUUACAGUUCCCGGAGGAGGAAGUGGAUCUGUGGGACGAUCCGAAGGUGAGGAAUUUCUGGAUGAGUCAGGGAUGGACGAGAGAGAUGUGGGAGGAGAAUUGGAGGAAGAUUAAUGAGGCUGCUGGUAGGGCGUAG